AUGAGGAAUCACAGCACUGUCACUGAGUUCAUCCUCCUUGGGUUGUCUACUGACCCCUACAUCGAAGCUCUGCUCUUUGUGCUCUUCUUGGUGGUCUACUUCCUGACUCUGAUGGGGAACCUGAUGAUGCUGCUGGUGAUCGGGACUGAUUCACACCUCCACACCCCCAUGUAUUUCUUCCUGGGUAAUCUGUCAUUCCUGGAUCUCUGCUUCUCUUCUGUCACUCUACCUAAGCUGCUUGGGGACCUCUUGUCUGAGAAGAAGACCAUCUCAGUAGAGGGCUGCCUGGCUCAGGUCUUCUUUGUGUUUAGCACUGCAGGGACUGAAGCCUUUCUGCUCUCAGUGAUGGCCUAUGAUCGCUAUGCUGCCAUUUGCCACCCACUGCUGUAUGGCCAGAUGAUGAGCAACCAGCUCUGUGUGAAGAUGGUGUUGACUUCAUGGGGCCUCGCCUCUCUCAAUUCAGUGGUCAUCGUGCUUUUGGCUAUUAAUCUGGACUUCUGUGAGGUCCAAACUAUACAGCACUAUACCUGUGAGCUGCCCUCUCUCUUGCCCCUGUCUUGCUCUGAUAUCUCCAUUCAUAUGGAUAUCUUGAUCUGCUCUACCUUACUGCAUGGGCUUGGAACCUUCCUCCCAAUCUUUAUCUCCUAUGUCCGUAUCAUAGCCACCAUCCUGAACAUCAGCUCCACCACAGGCAGAAACAAGGCCUUUUCCACCUGCUCAUCCCACCUCAUUGCAGUGAUCCUGUUCUUUGGUUCAGGUUUGGUUCGCUAUCUCAUGCCCACCUCUGGUUCCUCCCUUGAUUUCCUUGCCUCCUUGCAGUACAGUGUGGUCUCGCCCAUGCUGAAUCCCCUCAUCUACAGCCUAAAGAACAAAGAUGUGAAGACAGCUUUGAAAAGAACACUAGAGAAGUAUCUGUAA